CCCCCAACUCGACAAAAUGCCGUGGUCCACCGUCCUGCCACAGGCAGUCUUCACCUCGCCGAUCCUCUCCGUCGCUGCCCCCAUCGCCGCCGGGACCUUCAUCGGCUUCCAGACCAACAAACAAUCCCGCACCAAAUCCAUCUACCGCAACCUCCACAAACCUCCCCUCUACCCGCCCGCCUGGCUCUUCGGCCCCGUCUGGACCAUCCUCUACGGCCUGAUGGGCUUCGCCGCCCACCACGCCACCGUCACCGGCACCACCGUCUCGCCGCUUGCCUCCUCGUCCCUCCAGCAAUGGACCGUCCACUCACAACACCUUUACGCCUCGCAGCUGCUGCUCAACUACCUGUGGAUGCCGCUGUUCUUCGGCCUGCGCAAGCCCGCCUGGGCGCUGGCCGACAUGCUGCUGCUAGCCGGCAAUGUCGCCGCCCUGAUGCACGCGUGGUACCGCCACGACCGCCCCGCCUUCUGGAUGCUCGUGCCCUAUGCCGCCUGGCUGGGGUUCGCGACCUACUUGAAUGCCGGGGUGGGGGUGUUGAAUCAGUGGACGAUCGGGGACAAAGAGGGAGAGGGAGAGGGAGAGGCGAAGAAGGAGGAGUAA